AUUUAAAAAGACAAAAACUUUGCUAAAACCGACCCAGAAUGUCUUUGUAAUUUGUCUUACCAUUUUCUUUGGAUUGUUUGAGACGACAAUCAUCAGACUCCGAAGCCAGAAAGAAUCGAUUUUUCUUUCCUAUAUCGAUUGUCAAUUUCCACGAUUUCUUCUAUCUGUUGAGGAAAAAAAGUUAUAAAAGAUCGAAUUUUUUCAGGCUUUUGAUUGAUUAGUUUGGUCAGUAAUGGAUUCCGAUUCAUGUAGUGAUCGACUCGCUUCGGCUACGAGGAGAUACCAGCUGGCUUUUCCGUCACGAUCUGAUACGUUUUUAGGAUUUGAAGAGAUAGAUGGAGAAGAAGAUUUCAGGGAAGAGUUUGCUUGCCCUUUCUGCUCUGACUAUUUUGAUAUCGUGUCUCUCUGCUGCCACAUAGAUGAAGAUCAUCCUAUGGAAGCCAAAAAUGGGGUAUGUCCAGUUUGUGCGAUUAGGGUGGGUGUUGACAUGGUUGCUCAUAUAACCCUUUUAUUCAAGAUGCAGCGGAAAAGAAAAUCAAGAAGAGGCGGGUCACAUUCCACGUUAUCGAUCUUGAGGAGAGAGUUUCCUGAUGGAAACUUUCAGAGCCUAUUUGGUGGAUCUUCGUGUAAACUAUCUUCUUCGUCAUCAUCUAAUGUAGCGGCUGACCCAUUGUUAGCGUCGUUCAUUUCACCAAUCGCUGAUGGGUUCUUCACUUCCGAAUCUUGUAUAUCUCCAGAGACUGGUCCUGUGAAGAAAACAUCAAUUCAGAGUUUACCAGAAAGGAAUGCAGAAAAGGCGUCUCUUUCAGCUGAGGAUCACAAGCAGAAGGUGAGACUGAGCGAGUUUGUUUGGGAGCUGUUGAGCUCUGCAAUUCUUGAUGACGGCUUAUAAUGGUGAAAUAUUGCUUGUGGUAUCAACGAGGAAGCUCCAUAUUCUAUCGCGGGGAAAUUGUACGAAUUUGUUGUUUAUGGGGAACAAAUAAAGGAGAAAAGCUUUGUCCGGAGAAAGAAUCGGAAGACAGAAAGAGAUUAUGAGUGUUACUUAUGAACUGUCUGUAGGUCAUGAAACACCCAAAAUGUAUCUAUUUCAUUGUACUUUGUUAGUGGUGAAAUUGAUUGUAGGUUAUAUACUAUAGGUGCUGUUAAGCUAUAGUAUGCUUUCAU